UUUUUCAGUGGUUGGUUUAGCCGUGGGUCAGGCUGUCAUGUCAAAAUCAGUCGAGGUAAACGAUCUUCGCGGCGAGCAGAGUGUAUUACAAGAAAAUCUUGAAAGUGAAGAAACAAUCGACGAAAGAAAACUUGACAAGAGAAGCUAUGGUUGGAGUCCUUGGGUUUGGCCAUCAUAUGGUCAUGGUAUUGGUCUCAGUAUUGGUCAUGGCCAUGGUUGGCCUUCCCACGGCUGGUCGGCGGGACAUGGGCUAAGCGGUUGGAGCGCCGGUCACGGUCUACACAGUGGCUGGACUCUGGGACACGGGUUGGGCGGCUGGAAUUCAGGUCACGGGUUGCAUGGUGGUUGGAGUCUGGGCUGGCCUCUUUAUUACGGCGGACACGGGGGAUGGCAUUCUAGUGGACACGAAGGCUGGCAUAGCAAGUGGUGAGUGGUCGGUGAAGCGCAAGGAACGCGUCAACGAGAAGGUGAACGAGCCGCUGCAGCCGCGAGUCAAAUCGAUUGUCGUCUGGACCUCGGCAAAGCGCAGAUUUCCGAUCGUCCCUUCGCCAUACCUUUGUUACACCUUUUCUCAUUGUCUUUCCUCUCAUCUUAGGUAUUGUACCGAGUAGCUUUCAUGAGUUAAUUUACGGCGCUCGGACAACGAUGUAACAUUACAUAUUCAACCACACAUAUGCAUAUACAUAUAUAUAU